GCUUUUGUUCGUUGAGCUUAUGGGCAUGGAGGUUGAACUGCAGCCAGGAAACGGUCAUGUGGCUGAAAGAACCAUGAGUCAGAAAGAACCGCAGCAACAAGGAGACCAAACGCCAAGCGGUACUGAUGAGGCAGAGCUUGUGUGGAAGCUGCGGAAGUACUUGAUGCUACUGGCAAUUCUUUCUGCAACUAUCACCUACCAGGCAGGACUUGCCCCACCAGGUGGCCUCUGGCUAGAUAACCAGCAUGGCCAUCUUGCCAGCGAUAUUGUCCUGCAAUCUACUUAUCCAAAGCGGUAUAAGGUAUUCUUCUACUGCAACUCGACAGCAUUCAUGGCAUCUCUGAUUGUUUUGAUCUUGCUCUUAGUAAGGAAGCUCAGCUGCAAUGCAAUUUGGCUCCGCUCGCUGCAUUUUGCGAUGUUACUCAACCUGCUCGGGCUUAUGGGGGCCUACGCUGCAGGCAGCUGUAGGCAAAUCAGAACAUCCUUGUAUACUUGGGUGCUGCUUGUUGGUGUCUUCACAUACAUUGUACUUCAUGUUGUGUUCUUCCGGCAUCUAGCAUCUCCAUGGCUUCAACAAACUUUGAUGGAUGUUCAGAGGUCCUGCAAUGAUUCUCUAGCACGCAUGUUCAGCAAAAGUCAGAGCAUAAAAGAUGAUGAGCCAGAUGCUUCUGUCCAAGAAAAAAAGGAAGAACUGGAGCAGAAACGCAGCUUGUUGCUGGUUCUUGCCACAUUGUCAACGACAGUAACAUAUGCUGCAGGGCUAAACCCACCAGGUGGAUUCUGGCCUGACAGCAGUGCUAGCCAUCUCGCUGGUGACCCAGCACUCCGAGACCACUACCCCAGUCGCUUCAAGGCCUUCAUGGUGUGCAAUGACACAGCUUUCGCUGGAUCCCUUGUCAUUAUCAUCAUGCUUCUCAGCAACACGGCAGUGGAUCAUGUUGUAAAGUCGAAUGCACUUCGUCUGUGUGUUCUUGUGAGCCUAUUUGGCCUUAUGGCUGCUUAUGCUGCAGGGAAGUCCAUACAUCUAUAUAUGUGUUCACCCUUGUCGCUGCUAUCCUACUAUACCUCGUCAUUCAGUGGAUAGCACCUAUUCUGCCCAGACCAGAGUUUGUC